UUGUUUGUUUACAACUUCUGUUCCUACAUGAAGCCACCCUCUGGCUACUUGUCUACUGAAUCCAAAUGAGAGAGUUGCGAAGUACGUUUCAGAAUGUGGUAGCCUUCCGCUAUACCAGAAGAAAAUGGCACCAUUUGAAAACAACGAAAGUGACUGUAUCAUUGCGCUCUAGCUCAGAUAUUGUGUACACCCACUUACUCUUCAAAUGCUUCAGGAUAUCGACUGCUCCGUUAUGACAAGAUGAAAUGACACACCACUACUAAUGAUAAGAAGGGCGGUAGCCUAUACGGCCAAUUACACCAUUGAAUCACCCUUUCCACCACUUUUAGUCUUGCAAAAUAACGAUAACACAGUUCAACUUGGUCGAGAGACCACCUAUCAGAGCACUUCAUUCUGAAAGCCACCAGGCAACCGGAG